GCCGCCCCUGCUCUCCUGCCCCGGGCACGGCGGGAGAGCCCUCGGGCGGGCGAGGCGGUGGGCGGCCAUGUCGCAGCGGAGGAGUUCCAGCAGUCCUUUUUACUUCUUCGUGCGUGACCAGCUGCCCGAGCUGCAGCGCCGUGGGGUGCCCGUGACCCGCACGGUCGAAGCCUUUCCCUACUGCUCCCAGGAAUGGGUGUUGUUGAGUGAGGAAGAAAAAACUAAAUACACAGAGAAAGCUCGUGCAUGGAAUGGGAAGAAGCACACUCUGAAGGCAGUGCAAAAGACUUCUAAUCUUACCCAUCCAGCUCCUGCUUGUCUGACCACAAAGAUGAGCAGUGUUACUUCUCUUUCAGAUGCCUCUGCCAUAUCUUGGAAGAAUGAUCAGGAUGUGAUUGCAGACAUCUUCUACUUCCUGAACAUUUACAGCCACGGCAAGCUGCCGUCCCACUGCGAACAGCGCUUCCUUCCUUGUGAGAUUGGGUGUGUCAAAUACUCCCUGCAGGAUGGCAUAAUGGAUGAUUUCCAUCACUUCAUAGAUCCAGAAGUACCACCACGUGGCUUUCGGUACCACUGCCAGGCUGCUGGUGAUGCCACUCAUAAGAUCCCUUUAUCUGGAUUUGAUCUUUCACGUACUUGUUACACCGUUGUCUUAAAAGAACUUCUUGAGUUUGGCCAGCCAGCCAGAGGUGUUUGGCCUCACUUCUACUGCAAGUCCAGUGACAGGUUCCGAAUUAGCUGGUGUCUCAAUCGAAUGGCUAGAGUAACAGGCAUUGAGAGCCAUCUGGAGCUUCUUGCUGUGGAAGACCUGGUAAUAGAACUAUACCGGAACAAAUACCAAAAGGAACCAUCCAAGACUUGGGUGUGUAAAGAACUGGAUGUCUCCCUGUGGGAUUUCUCCAGUAAUACCAGGUGCAAGUGGCAUGAAGAGAAUGACAUAGUCUGCUGUGCUUUGGCAUCCUGUAAGAAAAUAGCUUACUGCAUCAGUAAGUCUUUAGCUAAUGUGUAUGGAGUCUCACUGACAGCAGCUCACCUGCCUCUUCAAGAUUCGUAUUAUGGUGAAGGCACAAAUACCAAGAUGGUGAUACUGGAUGCUGGACGUUUUCAGAAAACAAGCCCUGAAGGCUCUCGAAGUGACAGACAUUUUGCUUCUUCGAGUCAGGAUCAAGAGUUUGUCUCUUCUAAUUGUGGUUCUCCAUGUGGUGUGAAAACUUUCCUUUCUGAAACAACUACCAUGCGAGGAAGAGGAAUUAUUCGAUUACUGAAAAGUACAUCUGAUCUUUCCAAGACUUUUGGCAAUUGA